CGGUUCUCCACUAGCUAGGUAUCGUCCUUGAUCAAGCAUCUGGUUUCUCUUGACUCAGGUUUCUCACCCCUAAAAUGAUGUGGCUCAGAGCUUCUUGGUUUCCAGGAAUGAUGGUUGGCGAUGUGAAUGCCACACAAGAUAAACCACCUCUGGAGCAGAACUUGGAAAUCCAACUGAUGUAGAGCCCGUCUGUGGCUGUGUCAAAACAAGGACCUCAACACCUUGAGGGCGGUGAGACUGUUGUGGUUGGUGCGAGCUAGCCCUGCGCUCUACAACGGACUAAAAUGAUUGGCAUGAUUCCAGUGACCGAGUUUCGGCAGUUCUCCGAGCAGCAGCCCGCCUUCCGGGUGCUGAAGCCAUGGUGGGAUGUGUUCACAGAUUACCUCUCGGUGGCCAUGCUGAUGAUCGGAGUGUUUGGAUGUACAUUACAGGUCAUGCAAGACAGGAUCAUCUGCCUUCCGAAAAGAGUGCAGCCUGAUCAGAACCACUCUUCCCUUUCCAAUGUCUCUCAGGCAGUUAUCAGUACCACGCCACUGCCUCCACCUAAGCCCUCUCCCACCAACCCCGCCACGGUGGAGAUGAAAGGCCUGAAGACAGACCUGGACCUUCAACAGUACAGUUUCAUCAACCAGAUAUGUUACGAGCGAGCCCUCCACUGGUAUGCCAAGUACUUCCCGUACCUUGUGCUCAUCCACACCCUGGUCUUCAUGCUCUGCAGCAACUUUUGGUUCAAAUUCCCUGGUUCCAGUUCCAAGAUAGAACAUUUCGUCUCCAUCCUGGGGAAGUGCUUUGACUCCCCGUGGACUACACGGGCACUCUCCGAAGUGUCUGGGGAGGACUCGGAAGAGAAAGAUAACAGGAAGAACAACAUGAACAGGCCCAACACCAUCCAGUCCGGUCCUGAAGGCAAUCUGGUCAACGCCCAGUCUCUCAAGUCAAUUCCUGAGAAGUUUGUGGUUGACAAAUCCACGGCAGGAGCUCUGGACAAAAAGGAAGGGGAGCAGGCGAAGGCCUUGUUUGAGAAGGUGAAGAAGUUCAGGCUGCACGUGGAGGAAGGUGACAUCCUGUACGCCAUGUACGUCCGGCAGACCGUGCUUAAGGUUAUCAAGUUCCUAAUCAUCAUUGCGUAUAACAGCGCUCUGGUUUCCAAAGUCCAGUUUACAGUGGACUGUAACGUGGACAUCCAGGACAUGACGGGCUAUAAAAACUUUUCUUGCAACCACACCAUGGCUCAUUUGUUCUCUAAACUAUCCUUCUGUUACCUGUGCUUCGUGAGCAUCUAUGGCUUUACGUGCCUUUAUACCUUGUACUGGCUCUUCUACCGUUCUCUGAAGGAAUAUUCUUUCGAGUACGUCCGGCAGGAAACUGGAAUCGAUGACAUUCCGGAUGUGAAGAAUGACUUUGCCUUUAUGCUCCACAUGAUAGACCAAUACGACCCUCUCUAUUCCAAGAGGUUUGCAGUGUUCCUGUCUGAAGUCAGCGAGAACAAAUUAAAGCAACUCAAUUUAAAUAAUGAGUGGACCCCUGACAAACUGAGGCAGAAGCUGCAGAUGAAUGCCCACAACCGCCUGGAGCUGCCUCUGAUCAUGCUGUCCGGCCUUCCAGACACCGUGUUUGAGAUCACAGAGCUGCAGUCUCUGAAGCUGGAGAUCAUUAAGAACGUCAUGAUACCCGCCACCAUCGCCCAGCUAGACAACCUCCAGGAGCUCUCUCUGCACCAGUGCUCUGUCAAAAUCCACAGCGCAGCGCUCUCUUUCCUGAAGGAAAACCUCAAAGUCCUGAGCGUCAAGUUUGAUGACAUGAGGGAGCUGCCGCCCUGGAUGUACGGCCUCCGAAAUCUGGAAGAGCUCUACCUGGUUGGUUCUCUGAGUCACGACAUCUCCAAAAAUGUCACCCUGGAGUCUCUGCGGGAUCUCAAAAGCCUUAAAAUCCUCUCCCUCAAGAGCAACGUCUCCAAAAUCCCUCAGGCCGUGGCGGACGUGUCCAGUCACCUCCAGAAGAUGUGCAUCCACAAUGACGGCACCAAGCUGGUGAUGCUGAACAACCUGAAGAAGCUGGUCAACCUGACAGAGCUGGAGCUGGUGCACUGUGACCUGGAGCGCAUUCCCCACGCCGUGUUCAGCCUCCUCAGCCUCCAGGAACUGGACCUGAAGGAAAAUAACCUGAAGUCAAUAGAAGAAAUCGUGAGCUUCCAGCACUUGAGAAAGCUCACCGUACUCAAACUGUGGUACAACAGCAUCACGUACAUCCCAGAGCACAUCAAGAAACUGACCAGCCUGGAGCGACUGUACUUCAGCCACAAUAAGGUAGAGGUGUUACCCUCCCACCUCUUCCUAUGCAACAAAAUCCGAUACCUGGAUUUGUCCUACAAUGACAUUCGCUUCAUCCCGCCCGAAAUCGGAGUUCUGCAAAGUUUACACUAUUUUUCCAUCACUUGUAACAAAGUCGAAAGCCUUCCAGACGAACUCUACUUUUGCAAGAAACUUAAAACUUUGAAGAUUGGGAAAAACAGCCUCUCCGUACUUUCACCAAAAAUUGGAAAUUUACUAUUUCUUUCCUACCUAGACAUCAAAGGCAAUCACUUUGAAGUCCUCCCUCCUGAGCUGGGAGACUGCCGGGCUCUGAAGCGAGCUGGGUUAGUUGUGGAAGAGGCUCUGUUUGAGACCCUGCCCUCAGAUGUCCGGGAGCAAAUGAAAGCAGAGUAGCUGAUUUCUCAUCAAAACGUGACUGAAAUACGCUUCUACCAAAUACAGUAUAAAGAGUUAGGUCAUCCUAAUGCCUUUCCUAUAUUAUUUUUGGGUUUUUUUUUUUU